AUGUCGUUCAGCUUCUCAAACCUCAACAAGUCGCCGGCGACACCCAAGACGAAGAAAGCAUCGUUCCAUGCCCAACCAUCUACAACGCCGUCUCAUCCCCCUCCCUCUUCUCUUCUCCCUUCCACCACACCACUCGGCCCGCCGCCACGCUCCGUCUAUGGUAGCUCGUUCAACACCGGCAACAACACUUUCGGUCGAAAAGGCAACACUCCCGCACGAAAAGGAUUUGGCUUCGCGGUUCCAGACAGCAGCCCGCCAUUGCAGGAGGCCGACGAAGAGGACGAUGGGUAUGACGAUAUGGAUGCGCCGGCAGAGGACGAUGAGAUGGACGACGCGCGGGGGAAGGACGCUUUCAUGGACUCGAUCAUGAGCGCGCCGCGAGGUCUGAAGAGGAGUCGCAAUGGGCAGGUACGGGAGCAAGUGGGCGGUGACUAUUCGUCAAUCGCGCGAGGCAUGACAAUCCGCGCGCAGGCAGCACAACUCUCGGAGCCGGACGAUAUCAUGCUACGGCAGGAGGAGAUAUUGUCACGUGUUGAAGCUGGGAAGGAUACGGCGGCAUUAGCCCAAGGCGCCGCAGACCUGACACGUUUGUGGGCGAAGCACAACGAGCCGGCGACCAAAGAGGGUAGCUUGGGUCCUGAAAGCGAGGACGCCUUCACCCGAGCCAAUUACCUGUCGACACUUCUACUACAGCUUCACCUCCCGAACAGACUUGGUGCCAAUCAAGCCCAGUCACAAAAUGUACAUCCGUCAAGUGCACUCACCCGCCUUCCACACAAUGGAUGUACCAUACCACGCGCCUUGCUUGACUGGCUGAAUACCUAUCACAACCCUUUCCCGGACGACUUCCCAGGCAUCCGCUCACAUCAGCCCGCUCCUUCCGCACACGAACGCUUCUGGGACUCAAUAUAUGCCUCCCUCACUCGCGGCAAAUACCAACAAGCCAUACACCUUUUGCGAUCUGCAGGAUGGGAAAAUGCAUGGACGGCGGAAGAGGACUCGCAGCCAGAAGGCUACAGUGACAAGCAGCUAGAUAAUAUCGAGGAAGUGGCUGAGCGAUGUGCCAGACUUCUCGAAUCCUCUCCAGCCGUGAAAUACGACGACUGGGAUGUCAAAGGCAACGACUGGACCGUGUAUCGAGCGCGAGUACGGCAAGCAGUCCGCGACCUCGAGGCCUUCAAUGGCGACGAUGAGGAGGGAGACGAGCCGCAGACUAGAGCAGGUGGCAACAUCUUCAGCAUCUCAGCAGCUAGCAAGAAGGCCGCUAGUCGAGUGCCGCCGAGCAUUUAUGAGAAUCUCAAACUGGGUUACGAGAUCCUACUGGGAAGUGCUGACCAGAUCAUCGAUGCAAGCCAGGACUGGCUAGAGGCGACUCUCUAUAUCACUAUCUGGUGGGAUGGUGCAGACGGCUCAGCAGAUAGUGCUGCGCUUCGUAAGAGCUUAAGCGCUAGCCAGCGACCACGAGAGGCAGAUGUAGCUCCUGCGACCGCGUAUAGAAGGCGCCUAGCUGAUGCAUUCGCCUACGUUACGGACGUCGAGGAUCCGCUCUUCCAGCCUGAUACGAUGGACGUGGUACAGGUCGGCUUGGGCUGUGUCAUGUCCGAUUGCGUCGAAAGUGUUGUUGCUAUCGUCAAAAUGCUGAGCAUGCCAAUGAGUGUGGCGAUUGUGGAGCUUGCUGCAUUGUCCGGCUGGCUACCACAACCUGUCGGUCGGCCACAGAGUCGCGGAUGGGUUGGCCAGGGCUUGAGCAGUGAAGACUUGAUGGUGUUGAGUCAUGGUCCUGGUACCCAGAUUGGGAACGGAAGCAAGAACAAUGGCGUAGACCGAGAUGAGAUUCUUGCUGCGUAUGCGGACAUGCUAGCACAAAGAGAGGUGCUCAGGAGCGAAGACAGAAGAACGGAACGAGAAGGUUGGGAGCUGGCUGUUAUGGUGCUCGGGAGGAUGGACGACGAGAUAUCAAGCCAACAAAAGAUCACGGAACUCUUGGAGGAGAUCGAGCUGUCGGAUGAGGCUAGGGUAGACAAAAUCUUGUCUGCCUGCCAGGGCUUGGACUUGGUAGAGCAGGCGCGGGCAAUUGCUGAGCGCUACGCCGACUCUCUGGCUACCUCACACGAAGAUACAACCUCCCAGCCAGCCUAUGGCUCGGCACUUAUUUACUAUGCACGCGCGCACGCCACGGAGAAGCUCAAAGACACUCUUGCUCUACUGACCUCGCUUUGCCUCUUACAUUCCGCCUCCAUACCGGCCCAAGCAGACCUCGAUAAUUCUCUAGCUUCUCUGCUUGGCGCAGGCGACGCCGGCGGGCGCACUGCUCUCCUUACACUAGCACGCAGAGACGCCGAUGCUGCAACACUAUUGGCUCAAUAUCUGAGCGGCUACGCGACCCUCCGUCGCUUUUACGACCUGCGAGAUCAGAACACUCUAUCGGCCUCGCAACCAUUGGCCCGCGCUCGCGACGCAGCGAAAGCUCUGAUCGCAGUCCUGAACAGCGCGUCCGAUUGUAUCCACGGCGGGCUCUUCGACCCUGAGAUCGAGUCAGUCGUCCCAAUCGACGGCAUUCUGGUUUUGCUUGGCGAAGCACUACCACUACUCGGCCAGAGCAAGCGGGUCUUUACGAAAGAACAGGUUUUCACUCUUUUGAGGAUUCUGGAGGACUUCGAGGGCGUCAGUGGCAGGAUCAAGGAGAACGCUGAGAGCCUCCUACGUGCUUCGCUCAACGCUCAUAGAAGUUCCACACAGCCUGGACGUGGCGGACGCGAUCUGAAGAAGUCGCGGAGUGAUCUGAGCAAGUCUUCUGGGACUGGAAGUGGACUGCUGGGCGGUAGUGAGUGGGACUUGCUUGCUGAGACUGUUAUGGUUGGCUCUGGUGGGAAGUCUACGAAUGGAUCUAUGCUGCAGGUCAACAGGGCGUGGGACUGGAGAAAAGGCUUGGACAAGCUCGGGGGCGUGGAGGUUGGGCGAAAGGAGGUCGUGCUCCUAGUACGGACUGCGUUGGCACAGGAAGUUGCAAGGGGCUGGACUGGACAAAUCAUGUGGUGA